CUGAGAAGAAGAGACAUUAGGAAAAACAAAGAUGAAGCUCAAUGCAAUAAGUGUGAUAAGAUCACAAAGUCUUCUGGAGGAUCUACUAUGUCUCUGAUCUUGCGCUUGAAGAAAAUUCAUCAAAUCGACAUAAAUCAAGAUGCAAACCAGCCUCCUGUGAAAAUGACAAGAACAAUGGAACACUUUUUAACAAAGAAAUCAAUGGAAGAAGUUUCAAAAUUAGCUGCUAUGGAUGGAUUCUCUUUCAAUUCAAUUGCCAAAAGCGAUUUUAUACAGAGAAAUCUUCAAAGUCAGAGAGGCAAAUAUGAUAAAUUACAACCACCAUCUGCAAACGGAGUCAGGAAUAUGGUAAUGAAUUAUUACAUAACCAAGAAAGAAGAACUUAUUCAUUAUUUCAAGAAAGAAGUAGCGCUGGGGAUUCGCUACUCAUUGACAUUGGAUGAAAAUACAUCAAUUCAAAAUAAACGAUAUAUGAACAUAAAUGUUCAUGGGAAAGACAAUAAUUGGUCGUUGGGUCUUAUUGAGAUCCAUGGCUCCCUUAAUAGCAAGAGAACAGAGCAAUUUGUGAGAGGACAUCUUCGUGAAUUUGGAUUGAACUUGGAUAUACACAUUGUUGGCUGUACGACAGAUGGUGCUUCUCUGAUGGUGAAAUUCGGAAAAGAAAUAAGACCUGAUCACCAACAAUGUCUCACACAUUGCAUACAUCUGUCUGUGAGUAACAUUCUCUAUCAAAAAAAUAUUGAAAAUAUUGCCUCAACCGAUGAGACUGAUAAAAAAAGUGAAGAGAUCGCUAUAACAGAUGAUAGUGAUGAUGAAGCUGACAUAAGCCAACAAGACACUUUUUUAAACAGACUUGGCUCACGAAAAUGCUUGUUUUCCCCAGCUAAAACCUGA